AUGUGUAUAUAUGUAUAUAUGUGUGUAUAUAUGCAUAUGUGUGUGUGUAUAUAUGUGUGUUGUGUGUACAUAUAUGCAUGUGCAUGUGUGUGCAUAUAUGUGGAUGUGUGCAUGCGUGUGCAUCAUACAUGUGUGCAUGUGUGCAUAAAUGUGUAUGUGUGUAUGUGCAUGCAUAAACACAACCACCUCCCUGAGCCCUGCCGUCCUCCUCCAAGGGCCCAGUGGGUAGACGCUGCUGCUGCCAUGGGGAAGCAGCUGAUUGUUCAGGCGGCGAAGAACGGGGAGGAAAUAUGCUUUGUAAAGGAAAAAUGCACACACACAGAGUUCAUUGACUUCCCCCCGGUUUUCAGCGUCUGUGAAUGCACACGGUACCUGCUGACAGCUACCAGAAGAGGUCUGGCUGCAACCGAGAUUGUGCUGGGAAAGAGGCCCGGGCAGCAGUCUCCAUGUGCGAAUGGGUACAUUGGCCUGGAGAGAGAGCCUGCCAGCCAGCCCUGCUGCUGGUUUUCUGCAAGGCCUAAGUUUGGCACAGGAGAUGCAGUUUGCCUUUCUCUGAAGGUGAUGGAUUCAAAAGCAGCUCUAAUGAGCCUAGACCCCAUCCAGCCACUCACAAUAGAGGAAGGAACAUGGGAGGUACAGCCCAUGAACCUGGUCCAGACCCCUCACCAUCACCAGGUCCCUGAGUCGCUGUCCGACGUGCUCCGUGCCUUCUGGGGACCCCCCUACACGGGCUCUCUCUGCACACUCUCAUCGCACUUGCUGGUCCGGUUGUCUCCUUCCCCAGGGUCUGCAGCAGCUCUUCCUGUUCGCUCCUCCUGA